AUGUCAGAUUGGGACUCUAGCGCCGACUCAGCCAUCAUUGGCAAAAACUCGACGAUCACGAAUUGGAUAAGGAUAGGUAUGGAGAUCAGAUUCCUCUUCAAACGAGCGAUAAUUAUGAUUGGUCCAAGGACGAUAGAGCACACCUCCGAUGGGAAAAAACUUGGCCUUCAUUUCAAGACCCUUCGCGCAACCCCGCAAGUCCAAGCAAAAGACGAUACCAAUAUGGCCCGAGGACCCAAAAAGCAUUUGAAGCGUCUCGCUGCACCUUCCUCAUGGAUGCUGGACAAGCUGAGCGGUACCUACGCUCCCCGUCCAUCUCCUGGUCCUCACAAACUUCGUGAAUGUCUACCUCUCACAGUUUUUCUUCGAAACCGUCUAAAAUAUGCCUUGACUGGCCGUGAGGUCACCUCAAUCGUCAUGCAGCGCUUGAUCAAAAUCGACGGAAAGGUCCGAACUGAUCCCACCUAUCCUGCUGGUUUUAUGGAUGUCAUAUCUAUUGAAAAGUCAGGAGAACAUUUCCGUCUCUUAUACGACGUCAAAGGUCGAUUUGCCAUUCACCGUAUAACCCCCGAGGAGGCCACAUAUAAGCUCCUCAAGGUUAAGAAGGUCGCGAUCGGUGCUCGCGGUGUUCCUCACGUUGUCACUCACGAUGGACGUACCAUCCGUUACCCCGAUCCCCUCAUCAAAGUUAACGAUACCAUCAAGUUCGACAUUGAGCAGGGAAAAAUCACCGAUUUUGUCAAGUUCGACACUGGUAAUCUUGUCAUGAUCACAGGCGGUCGUAACAUGGGUCGUGCAGGUGUCAUUGUGCACAGGGAGAAACACAUCGGGGACUGGGAUAUCGUGCACGUCAAGGACUCGUUGGACCGAACUUUUGCUACUCGUAUCUCCAACAUCUUUGUCAUCGGCGAGGGCAGCAAGCCAUGGAUAUCCCUUCCUAAGGGUAAGGGUACCAAGCUUACAAUUUCUGAGGAGAGAGAUCUUAGGAGAAAACGAGCCGCCGAGCAGUAAUUCCAUCCACCACUCCGGUAUCACUAUCUGUUGUCUUUCUAUGCAUCUAUGAUUGUAUGAUGGUCAGCCCAAGUUUCGAAACAUUCAUGUUAUCCAAGCUGUUCAAGACUGAGUCUUUUGCAUACCGGUCCUGAUAAAACGUGGGAUACUAAUCGAGUCGUGAUCCCCUAAGUACUUCAAAUACAGCAGUACUUAGGCAACAUCAUAAGUGACGACUGGGUAACGACGGAUGACUAUUAUGUAUACAUAGGUGAUUUUCCUGUAUAGGGUAUGGUUCUACAUACUUAUUGAACGGACAA